AUCUUAGGACGCUUCGAGUAAAAUGGAGCGUACCUCAUUAUUAUUGCCUGGUUGAAAUAUACAAAUACAUCUCUACAAAUGUGCACCAAACCUCAGCAUUGCUGAUAAGCCACCGCAACCGCAAACAGCUUCUUCGUGGUCUAUAAUAAAAUAAUAUUAAAUAACCCUGGUUGUGCAUUUUGAUAACAGACUAGUUUGUCACGAAUCGUCUCAGAGGAAUGCUCAAAAUGGCUAGAGCCGGCUUCCGAAUCGCUCUUCUUCAGUUGAAAGUUGGCCCCAACAAGUCCCAGAAUGUGGCCAAUGCUCUUACCCGAAUUCGUUCGGCGGUUAAAGACGAUGGAGCCCGAGUCGUAGCUCUCCCAGAAUGCUUCAACUCCCCAUACGGUACGCAACACUUUGCCGAAUAUGCCGAAGAAGUUCCAAAUGGAGAAACCAGUCGCAGCUUGUCGGCUAUCGCCAAGGAGCUAGGAAUCUAUCUAAUUGGAGGAACCAUCCCGGAACGAAACACAUCGGAGAACAAAAUCUACAACACUUGCACGGUUUGGUCACCGGAAGGCGCCCUGAUGGCAACCUACCGGAAAAUUCAUCUCUUCGACAUCAAUAUACCUGGUGGAAUCACAUUCCGUGAGUCGGAUGUCCUCACCGGAGGCAAUGAUCUUGCUAUUGUUCCCAUCGAUGGGGCUAAAAUCGGCAUUGGAAUUUGCUAUGAUAUACGUUUCGAUGAACUGGCUCGACUCUACCGCAAUCAGGGCUGCGAUAUGCUAAUCUAUCCAGGUGCCUUCAACAUGAAAACGGGUCCACUGCAUUGGGAAUUAUUGGCGCGAGCCAGAGCUAAUGAUACUCAGUCGUACAUUGCAACGAUUUCUCCGGCGAGGGAUGCUGGAGCGGGUUAUGUUGCCUGGGGACACUCGAUGGUGGUGGACCCGUGGGCCAAAAUCGUUGCGUCUGCAAAGGAAGGCGAAGAGACAGUGCUGGCCGAUUUGGAUUUUGCGAAAGUGGAUGAAGUGCGUGCCCAAAUUCCCAUUUUCAGCCAAAGAAGAACGGAUUUGUAUGACACUAAGCAGCAGAAAAGUUAACUGUACGACGAAAACGUUAUUUUGUUACAAUGAAGACAUGCAAAACCUAUAAGGUGGAUGGUUAUCUUUUAUACUUUAAUGCAUUUUAAAUAAAUAUGUCAGCAUUGUUUGACAUUGUUGCUUGUUUAAA